AUCUGUGUGAAAAAAUAAUUAACAAGAUAUAAACAUUCAUACCACUGGUUUCCGAGUGGCAAAUCAGCCAAUCACAACGUCUUUCUCGAUUUUGAAAUUUUAACGUUACUUCAAAAUCAAACAAAUCAAUCAAACAACUCAAGCAAGCACACGAAUUCGUUCGGUGCCAAGCCAGGUGAGGAGAAUAAGGAGGGCAUCGCAUUUGAACAAAUUUUAAAGUCUUUGGACGGGCACUGUUUGCCAUUCAUACGUGAUAUUAUUUGCAGAGAAACAGUUUUAUUUUCCUAGACAUGGAUAUUCAAGUAAGACGGCAGCGAACGGUGCAGACAGAGAAUCAAGAAAAUGUGUUCAAUAUUAAAGGCAAGGGUGGCAUAGCUUUGCCAAACAAGAGACAAGGCCUCGCUAUGCGCGGGGCCCUUGGUGAUCUGAGUAACUACCAAGCUCAGCGAGAGAACAUAAUUGGUAAAGUGGCCGAAGCGACAGCAGAGUUCGAGAAGAAGGCGACUCUCAAUCGUGGCCUCUCACGUAGCAAUUACAGUCAUGUCCAAUCUAAGGUGGACACAGGCUUGGCCUGCAGACCCGUCAUUCAGCCUUCAUCAAGGCCUCCACUGCGCAGGGAGGAGAGCACUGCAGGCCUUGCUGCCAGAGCUGCAGCGCGCUCCCGGGCUGUGCUGAAAGACUCAUCAAAUAAACAAAAUGAGAUAAAGGAAUCAAUAAAUAUACUGAUACAAACAAAGAAGACUACACAAGAGAAGAAGAAUGGUAAGCUGCCAACAUUGAAAGAAAAUAAGGAAUCUAAGACCUUGAAGCCAAUCCUUAAAGACCCAACUGAGUCCUUAGGCAAACUUAAAUUAGGUGACACAGUGACCUAUUCAGAAAAAAGCACGUGCAUCAUCGAUCAAAGCAAGUUAGAGAAUGAGGCUGCAAAUAUAAUAAAGACACCAAAACUGCCUAAAGACAUUGAAGAUAUUGAUGCGGGUGACAAUGAAAGUCCACUAUUGAUGUCUGCUUAUAUCAAGGAAAUUUACAAUUAUUUGACUGAACUUGAAUUGAAGUACCCCAUUGAACAUGACCAUUUGAAGAAUCAGACUGUCAUUACUGGGAAGAUGAGAGCCACACUGAUUGAUUGGUUGGUGGAAGUACAGCGACAAUUUUCACUAGUUUUGGAGACAUUCCAUCUUACUGUUGGAAUUAUAGAUAGAUAUUUACAGGCGGUGCCAAAUGUUCAACGGAAUCAGCUGCAACUGGUUGGGGUGACGGCGAUGUUCAUAGCCAGCAAAUAUGAGGAGAUCUACGCGCCCGACGUUGCGGACUUCGUCUACGUGACCGACAACGCGUACAGCAAGUCCGAUGUGUUCCGGUGCGAACGGGAGAUCAUGUCGAAACUAGAAUUCUGCUUGGCGAGGCCCAUCCCCCUCAGCUUCUUGAGAAGAUUUGUGAAAGCAGCUCACGGAACAUCGAAGAACCAUCACCUGGCUAAAUAUUUUGUAGACCUUUGCCUGGUGGAGUACUCAAUGGCACAUUACAGGCCUUCAGAACUGGCGGCGGCGGCGAUCUGCCUCUCUCUUUACUUGCUGUCAAGUAAAACUUUAGAAGUCGUUUGGACACCCACAGUUUCUUAUUAUUCUGGCUACACGCUCGAACAUAUCAUGCCCAUAAUGAGGAAACUAGCUAAAAUCGUCCUAAAUGUUGAAAAUUCUAAAUACAAGGCAGUAUAUAACAAAUAUUUAGAUGCCACCUUAGCCAAAGUGUCGAGUCUCCCGCAGCUAAAAGGCGAAGCGAUCAACGAAAUAGCCAAAUCACCUUAACUUUUUUUAGUGAUGUGUAGGUAUUAAUAUGACUAAUCUUAUUACGCUUGACGCCAGUAACAUUGUAUUGUAUCCAAUGUUUGAUAAACAAUGGACUGAACCUUCGUAGUAUAUACUGUAUUAGGGACCUGUUUGUUUAAGUAGUUUUAAUUUUUAGAUGUAAUUUUAUGUAUGACGGUGAGUUUUAUUAAUUAACUGAACUGUACCUACCUACCAAUGGUUGAUGAUCCCAGUAAUGCUUAUCUAUAUAUUUUGUCAUAUAAAGUAUUUAUUAUUUCAAAAUUUGCAUGUAUUAGUAACAUUUUGGACCACUGGAGGUUUCAGAAAGCUCGAAUGUUGUAAUUUUAAUAUUAUGUACAUGAUGCAUAUUGAAUGUCAUAUCAAAUCCUAAUAAUUCAGGAUGCAUUUUUUUACAUGUUUGCAUUUGUUUUUUAAAGGUAUGAUACGGUAAAUCUAAAAAUAAAAUGACGGGCUUAUGUAACCCAUUUUCGGAUCCAUUCAACCAGCAAAUGAUAUAUUUAAAUUUUGUCCAAUAAAGUAGUAUUUGUCCCGUUCUGUCCCUGUUCUGCCAAUGAAUAUUUUUAAUAGUUUUGUUGAGAUGUAAAUUGUAUCUAGUUCGUAAUAAACAAUGUUCUUUUAGUAAGUUUUACAAGUUUGUGAUUAUAAAAUGUAAUUUUUGA